UUUCUUAAUAAUUAAUUAAUUAAUAUGUUGAUUAAUGCACUUAAAACUCAGUGACGAAUUGUUCUUACGAGGCGAUGUAAUCAGCAAAUUAUUGUAAACGCCGUCGCUGCACGUUGCUUGCUAGAACAUGCCAAGUCUGUACAUGUAGACUGUACCAUUACAAUAUUACGGCAUUCAAUUCAUAUUUGAUAUCAAUUAAUAAAUGGCCGCUACUUACGACCCAGAGAUCGACCCGUGGACAACAAUAAGACUCAACUUCACGUAUUGCAGCGAAAAGCUCGUCCUUAAUCACGAUCUGCUGCGUCUUCUGCUUCAGCACGGGUUUAUAUGCAAAGGAGAUUACGAAGAAUUGCUGAUGCCGACCAUUCUCUCUUCCAAACGUAAAGACCGUCUGUUGCUAGACAUUCUACCAACGCGACCAGCUGACAAGUUUCCAGAAUUCGUUGAAAUACUUCGGCGUGUGGGACUCACUGACUUAGCGAACAAACUAGAAGGUCGUAGCCCAUCUAGAAAUCCAGCUUCACAGUACGAUGAGCAGCUUCAUGCACGAUUGGCAGAGCUGGAAAGGAAAGUUCAAGAUCAGGAAAGAACCAUACAAGCUCAGGGAUCAAUAAUGCUAUCAAGUUCAAGACAUGAGGCUCUAUCUUCGACUCAUCAUGAGGUGGCAUCUAAUGUUGUGAACACUGAGCAUCAGGAACAAGGAGAGAUUCCAGUGUUUGGUCUCAAUGGUAGACAGGGUGCUUCUUCAUUAUCACCUCAGCACCAGAGUACAACAUCAACUGGACAACUUGAUUCGCACUUUCCACAAAUACCUUCACCAUCACUUUAUCAACAAACAGAAAGGGUUGGUCUGCCUACUGUUGUUGAAUGUGAUGGGGCUCAUCCCAUUACUCAUGAAAGCUCUCGUACCAAUGACUUGAAUAUUGAUGUGAAUGUGGAUGAGUGGGUCGAAGCAGAAAGAAACGAGUACUAUGAUCUGGGUAGUCAGGCUUACAAUCUUUCAAGUGGCAGAGAAUGGAGUGCAAGAUAUGGAGACACAAAAGUACACUCUAUUCCUGAAUCUGACCAAUUGUCAUCUGUGCCAGUGUGCUAUUUUAUGCCGUUUCAUUUCAAUAUUUUACAAAUUUGAUACCACUUUGUUUCUUCUCGUAAGUGUUUGUUGUUGCUUUAGACUUUUGAAUAUUCAACUUGUGAGUUACAGUGUUGGCCACAUCACUUAUACUGACAGCUGCAUUUGAUUAUGUAAUCUUUUUCUUAGUGAUUUGUACAUAAACAUAUUGCUUUAGUACAUACUGGGCGUAGUGACUUAUCAGAUGGGUUCGUGCAGUUUUGUAACUGUUUUAAGCAUUUUUCUCUAAGGUUCUAGUUGUAUCUAUUUUAAUAGAACUUUUCUUUACCGGUAUUUCACUUGCUUGUGGGCAGACAUGAGUGUUAUCUACAUGGCAAAGAUUGGACUAUUGUAUGCAUUGAAAGACGCGUAACAGUA